AUGAAGCGCAGUGGUUGUAGCAGCUCCUCCUCUCCUCUUCCUCCUCUGCAGCAGCAGUAGCAGCAUCAACAGCAGCAGAAACUGCAGGAGUUUUCACUGGAUCAGACACGAUGGUAGCAGCGCACACAUCCUCUCAUUCGUCCGAAUCUGCCGAGUGGAUUAUUUGUCUGGAUAAGAGACCAGCAGAGCGCUCGGGUGAAGAUGUCGACAUAAUCCUGGCUCGUCUGAGAAACGURAAGGCUUUGGAGAGAUUCCACCCCCGUUUGCUGCAGCAGAUUUGUUUGUGUGGGUUCUACGAAUGCUUGGAAAAAGGGAUAACAUUGUUUCGACAGGGAGACAUUGGUACGAGCUGGUAUGCUGUUCUUUCUGGUUCCCUGGAUGUGAAAGUGUCUGAAACAUCAAGCUAUCAGGAUGCUGUCACUAUUUGCACGCUGGGGACCGGCACAGCGUUCGGAGAGUCGAUCCUGGAUAACACUCCCAGACAUGCUACAAUUGUCACUCGGGAAUUCAGUGAGCUCCUACGCAUUGAACAAAAGGAGUUCAGGUCUCUCUGGGAGGUGUGUUAUAAAUUUCACCACUGCAUGGCUGGACUUCUUGCUCCACCCUAUGGCGUCAUGGAGAGCAGUGCGUCUGACAGAAUGCCAGAAAAGGAGAAUAUGAGCAGCAAUUCAUUUGCCUCAGUGUCCAAACAUCCAAAUAAGAAGUCCUUUCCUGAAAGUCCGGCCAAACUUCAUACUAAACGUCCAACUCAGGUUCCCUCUGAGAAGAUUCUGCAAGCGGGGAAGAUUCUCCGCCAUGCCAUCCUUUCCAGAGCGCCUCACAUGAUCCGAGACAGAAAGUAUCAUCUCAAAACGUACAGGCAGUGCUGCGUGGGGACAGAGUUGGUGGACUGGCAGAUGCUGCAGAGCUCCUGCGUCCAUUCCCGCAUUCAGGCUGUGGGCAUGUGGCAGGUGCUGCUGGAGGAAGGUGUCCUCAACCACGUGGAUGGAGAGACGGUCUUCCAGGACAAAUACCUUUUCUACCGCUUCCUGGACGACGAGCAGGAGGACGCUUUGAUACCCAGUGAGGAGGAAAGAAGGAAGAGCCAGGAGGAGCUGCAAGACACUCUGCUCUUCCUGUCGCAGAUUGGGCCAGAUGCUCUUAUGAGGAUGAUCCUGAGGAAACCGCCGUCUGAAAGAACACCAGAUGACUUGGAGAUAAUUUAUGAAGAACUGCUCCAUAUAAAGGCCUUAUCUCACCUGUCCACCACUGUAAAGAGGGAACUAGCAGGAGUUCUCAUCUUUGAAUCCCAUGAAAGGGCAGGAACAGUGUUGUUCCACCAAGGAGAAGAGGGCACAUCCUGGUACAUUAUAUUAAAAGGCUCGGUGAAUGUUGUCAUCUAUGGAAAAGGUGUUGUCUGCACGCUCCACGAAGGAGACGACUUUGGGAAGCUGGCGCUGGUCAAUGACGCCCCCAGAGCUGCCUCCAUUGUCCUUCGAGAGGACGACUGUCAUUUCCUGAGAGUGGACAAGGAGGACUUCAACAGGAUUUUAAGGGAUGUGGAGGCCAACACAGUGCGUCUGAAGGAGCACGGCCAAGAUGUUCUGGUGUUGGAGAAGAGCCUCAGCAGCAGCCGAAACUCUGUCCAGGGAUCCUCUGCAGCUCACCACAAAUACAACAUCAUGUCCGGGACGCCGGAGAAGAUUUUGGAGCACCUUCUCGAAAUGAUGCGGUCGGAUUCCCAGUUCACCGAGUCAGAUUCGGCCUUAGAUGAUUUUGUGCUCACGCACUGUGUCUUCAUCCCGAACAGUCGGCUAUGUCCUGUGCUGAGCGACCACUACCACGCCCAGGCCUCACAGGGCUCAGAGAUGGAGAAGCUGGACUACACGCUCAACAACAAGCGCCGGGUGAUCCGUCUGGUGAUGAAAUGGGCUGCUGUGCAUGGAGAACACCUGCAGCAGCAGGACAUGGUCUUCCUCGAGGAGUUUUUCGUGGCUGUUUCAGAAGAUGCCAAAGUGCUUCCAGCCCUCAGGGAUCAGCUGACAGAGCUGGAGAAAAUCAUAAAAAGCAGUGCAGACGAUGCCAGAUCCUCACAGAGGAAGCACAAAGUCCUUCUGCAGCAUUUCAGUAUGGUAGACGAGAAACUUCAGAAACGGCAGCCCAUCAAGGGAGACGAUGAAAUCCUGUUCAAAGUCUACUGCUGCGACCACACCUACACCACCAUCCGGGUCCCGGUCGCCUCCUCGGUCAGGGAGGUCCUGGAGGCCGUGGCCGACAAGCUGGGGUCAGCGGAGGAUCUGAUCCUGGUCGGCCUCAGUUCAGCAGGAGAGAAAGUUGUCUUCAAACCAAACGAUGUCUCCAUCUUCUCCACACUCAGCAUAAACGGACGGCUCUUUGCCUGCCAGAGGGRCCAGCUGGAUGUGUUGAUGCCUCUGUCUGAACAGGAGGGUCCGUCUCWUGGGUCUCUUGCCAAUUUUGAGUUGAUGAGCUCCAAGGAUGUGGCUUACCACAUGACCUUCUACGACUGGGAGCUUUUCCAUUGUGUACACGAGCUUGAACUCAUCUAUCACACGUUUGGGAGACAGCACGUCAAGAAAACCACAGUGAAUCUGGAUCUCUUCCUCCAGAGAUUUAAUGAAAUUCAGCUCUGGGUAAUUACAGAGGUUUGUCUGUGUUCCCAGCUGAGCAAGAGAGUUCAGCUCCUCAAGAAGUUCAUCAAGAUCGCUGCUCACUGUAAAGAGUACAAGAAUCUAAAUGCCUUUUUUGCCGUCAUUAUGGGACUGAGUCACCCAGCAGUGAGCAGACUGAGUCAGACGUGGGAGAAACUUCCCAGCAAGUUUAAGAAGUUUUACGGAGAAUUUGAAAGCCUAAUGGAUCCGUCCAGGAAUCACCGGGCGUAUCGACUCACAGUCGCCAAACUGACCCCGCCCGUCAUUCCCUUCAUGCCACUGAUGAUAAAAGACAUGACAUUCACUCACGAGGGCAACAAAACAUUUAUCGACAAUUUGGUCAAUUUUGAGAAAAUGCGGAUGAUGGCUAAGACGGUGAAGACUGUGAGAUAUUGUAGGAGCCAAACAUUCAACCCGGAUUCUCCUCAGGCUGGGAAGCAUCACCCCGACGUUUGGACCUACGUUCGUCAGCUUAGCGUGAUCGACAACCAAAGGACCCUAACUCAGCUCUCUCACGGACUUGAGCCCCGCAGGUCUUGAAACCAGCCGGGGGGCAGAGACAUUUUCCCUCCGAUGCCGCUUCACGACGUAACGCAGCACUUGUGCUCGUCUCGUUUUUUUUACUCCCGACACAGGCAAUCACAUGGAGGACCUGAUGAGGUGUCUGAUAAUGAGAUAUUGUUUCAGCAACGCCUUGAGCCUUUUAUUACAGUCAUUUGUGAUUUUUCAACAACCGUAAUUGUUGUGGGAUGAAGUACCUCUUAUAUCGAUGUCAUGCAGAUAUCAUAUCAUGUCCAACCCAAACAGGCAAAGGAAAUGAUGACUUCUGGGUGGUGGGAGUCUAAUUUAUGGGAUCAUUGUGUACAAUCUCUCAGACGUAAACAAAAUGCGAUGCUUUAGCCUCAAUUCUCCUAAAGCUCAUUUUUUUUUKUAUCUUUUAUAUCAAACCGUUUUUUACUCCUAUUUAGGUUUGUUGUAAAUUUUGUACAGAUAUUUAUUAGACUUAAGCAUGACUUUAUUAAUUCAGCAUGGCUUUCUUUGAAGUUUAAAUGAUGAUAUUAAAAUUAAAUGUUUUUGUUGUAUUGUGUACUGUAACUCAGUUGGUAUCUGCUGUUUUAUUGUUAUGAUGUUUACAAUCAUAGCUUGUUCAAUUUUGUAUUUAUUCCUACUUUAGUUGUGUUUAGUUUGAGUUUUCAUAAAUGGAUAAUUUUCUGAAUUAUUGAAGUCUAAACAUCUACAUCUGAGACAUUGUUUCUUCUGUUUAUUUAUCCUAAAAAAAUCUGAGAGCACAGAAAUGGAAGAAUCAGACAAAUGUACAAAAGUAUUUUUUUGCAAACCAUGUUUCAUGUCUUAUGAUGUGAUUUUCUGAAAUCCAGUCAAAGGCUGCACAGUGGAGAAGUUGGUCACACUUUUGCCUUGCAGAAAGGUCAGGGGUUAAAUCCCAGCUGAGAGCCUUUCUGCAUGCAGUUUGCAUUUUUCUGCUGGGGACACUGUCUUCCACCCUCAGUCCUAAAUCGUCCACGUUAACUUGUCUAACUCUAUUUUGCCCUUUGGCAGUGGUAAUGUGACACUGUUGCACCUCUUUCAGGGUGUAAUGACUGGAGAAUGGUAUCUGCCCCUGCUCCCUGUUGCUAUGGGAGGAAUAAAUUGGUAUAGAAAAUACCAUCUAAGUGCUUGUAUUUAUAAAAUAGAGUUUAAUUCUUAGAGCUAAUAAAGAGUCACUUUUUAUGUUAGCUUAGAUUUUUGGAAAUUGAUUACAUACUCAUUAAAAUGAUCUUUAAUUACAAAAAAAGACAGAUUACUGUGUGGAUUAUGAAGAUAAAAUUGGGUCCAGCCUUGUUUGUCAAAUUUCUAGUCGUUUGAAGCUCCCCCCCCCCCACUGCUCUGAGGGUAGAUAUGGACACAUUUAGGUGGGCAGAUUUUUUUUUCUGCGUUCUUUUUUGACUAAGACAAAAAAGACUAACAGUGUCAAGGCCCAUAUGAACCUCAAGGAAAAUAGGAAGUCAAAAAACAGUGAAUGAAACUUCUCAGGCAGCUUCAGAAAGUAAAGUUUAUGAACACUUUGCCUCAAGCACAACAUCGUUGUUGAAUCCAGCUCAACAGUAUCUAAUUUUUUAUUUUUUUUAGAUUACUUAAAUGUAAUGUAAGAUUACCGUAUAUUAAUUUUAUUGUAAGAGUUUUGCUCUUUGGGUUGAAUUACUGAAAUAAAUUUACUUUUUAAUUGAU